AUGCAGGCUCACCUCACCCCCCAGCAUUGCUGGAACAGUCUCCCCAGCCCCAGUGUUCGUGAGGCGGCUUCCAUGUAUAGUACUGCUGUGGCCAUCUUCUUGGUCAUCCUGGUGGCUGCACUGCAGAGCUCAGAGCCUCCAGAGAGCCCCUUCCCCUACCACAUUCUCCUGGACCCCGAUGGAAUCCUGGAGCUCUCAUGGAACAUCAGCUAUGUCCAGGAGGUCAUCCACUUCCAGCUCAAGGUGCAAGGGCUGAGGGCUGGGGUUCUAUUUGGAAUGUCAGAUCGAGGUGAGCUGGAGAACGCCGACCUCAUCAUGCUCUGGACUGAUGGGAACAGAUCCUACUUUGCGGAUGCCUGGAGUGACCAGAAGGGGCAGAUCCAUCUAGAUGCCCAGCAGGACUGCCAGCUGCUCCAGGUGCAGAGGACUUCAGAUGGCCUAUCCCUGCUCUUCAAGAGGCCCUUUGUCACCUGUGAUCCCAAUGAUUACCUCAUUGAGGUAGGCUACCCAGUCCAGGAGAACAGUUCUCGGAACUGUCACUGCACCCUACGGUGUCAGGUCAAGGGCUCUCCCUCCAUAGGAAGCCUGAGGUAGGGCCUACACUUGGACGCUCUCCCCGUGGACAUGUAGUCAAUGUUCCUUCCAGAUGUGGUUCCACCUUUUCAGGAAUAGUCUAUGUGGUGUUCUGUUCCUCUGCAGUAUGAGGCCGUUGUCACUGAGGGUAAUGAGGCUCUGGUGCACCACAUGGAAGUCUUCCAAUGUGCAGCUGAGUUUAAGAGCUUUCCCCUCUUCAAUGGACCCUGUGACUCCAAAAUGAAGCCUGACCGACUCAACUACUGUCGCCACGUGCUGGCUGCAUGGGCCCUGGGUGCCAAGGCAUUUUACUACCCAGAGGAAGCUGGUGUUGCCUUUGGGGGCCAGGGGUCUUCCCGGUAUCUCCGACUCGAAGUUCACUAUCACAAUCCACGGAACAUACAAGGCCGGCGUGACUCCUCUGGCAUUCGCCUAUACUACACAGCCACUCUUCGGCAAUUCAAUGCAGGCAUCAUGGAGCUGGGCCUGGUGUACACACCCGUGAUGGCCAUCCCCCCUCAGGAGACCGCGUUUGUCUUGACUGGCUACUGCACAGACAAGUGCACCAUGUUGGCACUGCCAACCUCUGGAAUCCACAUCUUCGCCUCACAGCUCCAUACACACCUGACUGGUAGGAAGGUGGUCACUGUGCUCGCCCGGGAUGGCCAAGAGAGGAUGGUCGUGAACAGAGACAACCACUACAGCCCCCACUUCCAGGAGAUCAGAAUGCUGAAGAAGGUUGUGUCUGUCUUCCCGGGGGACGUACUCAUCACUUCUUGCACGUACAACACAGAAGGCAAGAAGCUGGCCACAGUGGGAGGUUUUGGAAUCUUGGAGGAGAUGUGUGUCAACUACGUGCACUACUACCCCCAGACAGAGCUGGAGCUCUGCAAGAGUGCUGUGAAUGACGGCUACCUCCAGAAAUACUUCCACCAGGUUAACAGUUUCAACAAUGAGGAGGUCUGCACCUGUCCCCAGGCCUCUGUCCCCGAGCAGUUCACCUCCGUGCCCUGGAACUCUUACAACCGUGAUAUGCUCAAGGCUCUGUACCGCUUUGCCCCCAUCUCCAUGCAUUGCAACAAGACCUCAGCUGUCCGCUUCCAGGGUGAGUGGAAUCUGCAGCCUCUGCCGGAGAUCACAUCCACACUGAAAGACCGCACCCCAAACUGCCCAAAUGGACAGGCUGUGAGCCGCACUAGCCCCGCCACCGUCAUCAACUGGGGCCAGGGCUGA